UCAAGGGGACUGAAGCUGGGAAUCUACAGUGAUGUUGGGAACAAGACGUGUGCUGGCUUCCCUGGCAGUUACAACCACUACGACCUGGAUGCCCAAACUUUUGCCUCCUGGGGUGUGGACCUGCUGAAGUUUGACGGCUGCAACUCUGGCACACUGGAGCUGCUGGCAGAAGGUUACAGGCACAUGUCCCUGGCCCUGAACAAGACUGGAAGGAGCAUUGUGUACUCCUGUGAGUGGCCCUUCUACUUGAGGCCCGUGCAGCAGCCCAAUUACACAGAGAUCAAACAGUACUGCAAUCACUGGAGGAACUUUUUUGAUGUCUACGAUUCCUGGAGCAGCAUCAAGAGUAUCUUGGACUGGACAGCACUUCACCAGGACAGCAUUGUGAAGAUAGCUGGGCCAGGGGGCUGGAAUGAUCCUGACAUGCUGGUGAUUGGAAACUUUGGGCUGAGCUGGGACCAAGCAGUGACUCAGAUGGCAAUGUGGGCUAUUAUGGCAGCUCCCCUCUUCAUGUCCAAUGACCUGCGGCACAUUAGUCCUGAGGCCAAGUGGCUGCUCCAGAACAAAGAGGUGAUUGCCAUCAACCAGGAUCCACUGGGCAAGCAGGGAUACCAGAUCACCAAGAACAAGAACUUCGAGCUGUGGGAGCGGCCCCUGUCUGGCCGAGCCUAUGCUGUGGCAGUGCUGAACCAGCAGGAGAUUGGGGGACCCCGGAACUUCACCUUCUCCCUCACCUUCCUUGGCAAUGGGCUGGCCUGCAACCCAGCAUGCUCUGUCCAGCAGGUCCUGCCAGUCAGCAGGGACUGGGGGGUUUACAGCUGGGUCUCCUCCCUGAGCGUGGAGGUGAACCCAACAGGCACUGUGCUGCUGAAAGCAGUGCCACUAUAG